UGGUAUGUCAAGUGCAGGGGUGGACUGACCAUUUGGAAACUCGGGCACUGCCCGAGGGCCUGGGGUCAGUAGGGGGCCCCAUGAGAUGCCCCUGGUACCUUUUUCAUAGGCUUUUUGUGAGUUUGGGUAAGGACACAGGGCCCCAUGAUCCCCUAUUGCCCGGGGGCCCCAUGAGUUGUCAGUCCGCCCCUGGUCAAGUGAGAACAUUGUUUUCUAGGGAGAUUGUUCACACUUAUUUGUUCCAAAUGUGAUGCGAUUUCCAAAAGGAUCCUGUGCGU